AUGGACGGACGCGAGCAAACGAAGCAAUUGUGGAUCCAUGAGAAGCUGAUCAGGAUAGAUCCCAUCAAGAAAAGUUUGAGCUACGAGGUCACGGAAAAUAACGUCAGCAUCAAGACUAGGACCCUCAUGGCAAUACUCUCAACCUCGGUAUAUCCAACCAGCGAGGAAAGCAAACAAGGGUGCAAGAUCCAAUGGUCAUUAGUCGCUAAUCCGAUUAAAGGGUGGAGACAAGAUGACUCUUAUCUUGAGUCUUCUCUUCAAUUCAUGGUAAAGAAGAUUGACGAUGCCCUCCAAUAUAUAUCCGCAACCUGA